AUGUUGAGAGAAUAUAAAUUAGUAGUUGUUGGUGGAGGUGGUGUUGGUAAAUCUGCCCUUACAAUUCAAUUAAUUCAAUCCCAUUUCGUCGAUGAGUAUGAUCCAACAAUUGAAGAUUCAUAUCGUAAACAAUGUACAAUAGACGGUGAACAAGUUUUAUUGGAUGUAUUGGAUACAGCAGGACAAGAAGAAUAUUCUGCAAUGAGAGAACAAUAUAUGAGAACAGGUGAAGGAUUUUUAUUGGUAUAUUCAAUUACAUCUCGAAAUUCAUUAGAAGAAUUACAAUCAUUUUAUGAACAAAUAUUAAGAGUUAAAGAUGCCGAUCAUGUUCCAGUAAUUGUUGUUGGAAAUAAAUGUGAUUUAGAAAUUGAAAGACAAGUAAGUUAUGAAGAAGGUUUAGCAUUAGCAAGACAAUUCAAUUGUCCAUUCUUGGAAACUUCUGCAAAACAAAGAAUUAAUGUUGAAGAAGCAUUUUAUGAUUUAGUUAGAUCUAUUCGAGAUGGCGGGAAACCAAAUGGAUUAAAUGGAGAAGCUAUAAUAAACAAAGAACAAUCUAGACAACAACUGAAUAGAGAUCAACUACAAGGGGGUGAGGAUGUCGGAUACCAUAAUGACGAUGUGCUAACUCAAGAUUCACAAGCCGAUGAUAUUGCAAGAAGAAAGCAACAAUCAAGGAAUAAUCAAACAAGACAACAAGAACCGAAAGAGAAAUCUGGAUGUUGUGUGAUUGUAUAA